CCCGACAUAUCUCCUUCUCCUACAGACUCUGUGCCCGCCUCGCUUACGUAGUUGACAGACGAUCAGAGGAACGACGAUCGCGAUGCAUCAACCACAGCAGUUUCACUUUCAGUCCAUGACCGAGAUGGUCGAGGUCAGGGCGAAAGAGACACCGGACAAGGAGAUCGUCAGCGUACCCGACAAGCAGUUCAAGUUUACCAGCUAUACUUACAAGGAUAUCAAUGAGGGUGCCGAUCGACUAGCCCACUAUUACCACGACCAAGAAGGGCUCAAAGUCAGGAACGUCGGCGAUGUAGAUACGAGGCUCAACACGACGAUCAUAGCGCCAAGUGCUAUCGACUAUGCUAUUCAUGAGCUGGCAUUCGCCAAGAUGGGCCACACCUUGCUCUUCUGCUCGGUCAACAACUCGGUAGCAGCAAUCGCCCACCUGCUCAAGGCAACGACCGCCUUGUACAUGGUCGUACACCCCAACUACCUAUCCAACGCAGAAGAGGCCGUACAGCAGAUCACAUCCGAAGGAGGGAAACCACCGAGGAUAGUAGCACAGGCUCAACGCCAGGUAUGGCGAUCGGACGAAGCUGUCGAGCCGUUCCCGAGAGCUUUGACACCGGAGCAAGAGGCCCCUCUGCCUGUCUUCAUCGUGCAUUCGAGUGGUUCUACCGGUUUCCCCAAGCCUAUCGUCCUCUCCCACCGAGCAUCAGCGUUCAACGUAGCCGGAACCGGUUUCGGCCUGGAAGCCAUGACCACCCUCCCUCUCUUCCACAACCACGGCCACGCCUGCUUCUACCGAGCCAUUCAUUCAGGGAAGAAGCUCUCCCUCUUUCCAACGGAGAUUCCGCUUACUACCAACAAUAUCAUCGCCGCCAUCGAGAAUGCCAGAGGGGUCAAGGGGUUCUAUGUAGUACCCUACGUGUUGAAGUUGUUAGCGGAAUCUCCGGCCGGGAUAGAGCUUCUGAAGGGGUUCGAUUUGGUCACUUAUGGAGGUGCCGCUUGUCCCGAUGAGCUUGGAGACCGACUCGUCAAGGAGAACGGGGUCAAGUUGGUGGAGCAUUAUGGUCUGACCGAAGUAGGCCAACUUGGAACAUCGUACCGAGACUUCGAGAACGACAAAGACUGGAACUACAUCCGAUUCAGUGGUCCUCAGGUCAAGUCCGGCGUCGCCGACUACCUCAAGUUCAUCCCUCAAAGCGAUGGCGGGUCGUUCGAGGUCGUCGUGACGGACGGUUGGAAGGGAAAAGUCAGGUCCAACACCGACGACGGAUCGUACGCGACCAGCGACCUGUUGGUAGCACAUCCUACUAUCGAGGGAGCCUACAAAUUCGUCGGCAGGCUGGACGACACGCUGGUCAUGGUCAGCGGGGAAAAGACCAACCCGGUCCCUAUCGAGCUCACGCUCAAAGGAGGUUCUCCUUAUAUCGCCGAGGCUAUUGUAUUUGGAGCUGGCAAGAGUCAUAUCGGGGCGCUCAUCUUGCCGACAGAGCUCGGAGCUGAUCUGCACCACCGGGAACUCUAUGCCAAGAUCGCCCCGGUGAUCGACAGCGCUAAUGCCGAAGCGCCGACGCAUUCGCAGUUGAUGCCGGAGAUGUUGAUCUUUAUCCCGGCUGGCACUACUAUCCCUCGAGCGGACAAGGCAUCCAUCAUCAGGCCCAAGGUGUACAAAAUGUUCGAGGACCUGAUCGAGGAGAAAUACGAAAAGUACGAGCGUGGAGAAGCAGCUCUGCCAGGCGAGGAGAUCAACAGGCGUCGGUUGACAGGAGAAGAGCUGGAGCGCUAUGUAUCUGGUUUGAUCCAGGAGGUAGCCGGAUCGACGGGCGAUCUAGGGCUUGAAGACGAUCUCUUCGAUUAUGGAUUGAACUCUCUUCAGGCUGCAAGGAUUCGAACCACUCUGCAGAGGGAGCUCGAGCUGAAUCGCACGAUCCUCCCGGGUAACGUGGUCUUUGAGAACCCCAGCGUCAAGCUACUCUCGGGUUACCUCGAAGCGGUAGCUACAGGCCAGAGCAACGCUUUGCGCGAGACUCUGGAUGCGGACCAGAUGAAGGCGAUGCAGACCCUAGUCGAGAAGUAUUCGCACUUCGCGGAGGUGACCUCAAUAGAGAAGAAGGCUCCCGAAAAGCUGACAGUGGUACUGACCGGAGCUACCGGUAGUCUAGGCGCGCACCUUCUCGACCAGCUUUUGACGCUUGGUUUGGUGGCAAAGGUCUUCUGCUUGGUCCGAGCGGCGUCUGAGAAAGAGGCUUUGCAGCGAGUCGACGACUCUCUGGCACAGAGACGGCUGGCGGGUCUAAGAGAACGCGGCCAUGGCAAGGUCGAGGCAUACCCGGCGGACUUGAGUCUCCCAGACUUUGGUUUGCCCUCAGAUGUUCUGACCAAGAUUCAGGAAAGCGUAACCACAGUCAUCGCCAACGCCUGGAGUGUCAACUUUACGCUCAAUGUCGAGUCGUUCGAGAAAGGCAACAUUCGAGCGGCUUACAACUUGUUGAACCUGGCCAUCACGUCGAGAUGCGGGCGACCAGCCGAUUUCUUCUUCUCCUCUUCCGUCUCGGCUGUAGCAGCUCACGCUGGAGCUAUCAACGCCGAAGUCGUCUCCGUAAAUCCUGCCGACGCCCAAGGCAUGGGAUACGCCCGAUCCAAAUGGGUUACCGAGAACUUGGUUGCUAUCGCUGCUUCGACGAGGAAGAUUCGGGCCGAGACGUUCAGAAUCGGUCAGAUGGUUGGAGAUACGGUGCAUGGAGUUUGGAACGAGACAGAAGCGAUCCCCUUGCAGAUCAAGUCUGCUCAGUCGGUAGGAGCCAUGCCGGAGCUUUCCGAGUCACUUUCCUGGCUCCCGGUUGACCUCGCAGCCAAGUCUAUGGUAGAGAUCAUCAUCGGAGAACAGAGACGUCCUUUAUGGCAUGUCCUUAAUGGCAGCAAGCAAACAACUUGGCCGACAGUACAUAAAGCACUUCGAGAAGCUGGGAUCGAUUUCAAGGUCGUGCCCCCACGAGAAUGGAUGCAGGAGCUACGAAAUUCGUCGUCAGACCUUCAAGCCAACCCCACUUACAAGCUGGUAGACUUCUUUGGCGCCAAGUACGACUCGGAGGUCGUAACGAAGAGAGCAGGAUAUAGCAUCGAGGAGACCUCUCGAGCGUCUCCAACCAUCGCCGGCAUGCCCUACGUGGACGAGGCGAUCGUAGGGAAGUUCAUUUCGGCAUGGAAGACGACGGGAUUUUUGCAGUAGAGAGGACGAUAGCGAAUGUGAUCGGACAGAACAGUGUAACUCGGAUAUUGUAUACCCUGAUCUGCUCUGAACACGAGCUUCGAUGAUAGAUGGAUUUACGGAGUUUGAA